AUGGAGAACCUUGAUUGUCGUAAAAUUCGUCGACGCCGUCAAGUUCCGUAUCAUGGUAUUGAACCAUAUUUGGGCGCAUACGAUCCCAAUUAUUACUUACAAAUACCUCAAAGCGUUUAUUAUGGAACAGAUGGUGUGCAAUAUCAGUUAAAUGGAAAUAUCAUUCGAUAUCCUGGAGGACUAAAUGUUCUAGAAGCAGUCACACAAUUUCCAACACCCGUUAAUAAUCUCAAUGCAGGAUUCUAUAAUCCACAAAGUUACAAUGCGUAUCCGGGUGGUGGUGGUGGGUAUUAUUAUGGUAAUAAUAAUAAUAUGCGUUUACCAUCUGAAACUGGUUGGUAUUCAGCGAAUUAUGUGAGAACAAAUAUAGUCAAAAUUCCAUACAGUAAUUCAAUUAAAAUUAAAUCGAAUAUUUUUAUACUUUUAAUGUUAUUUUACUCAUAUUUUGUUGUACAUAUUUUAUAG